UAACACAAUGAUGACAGCGCUGUGGGGGCUAGUGAGGGAAUUAUUCCACAUCGCAGAACACCCUGCACGCGGCGCAACGAUGCCUUGGUUCACAUCACUUCACUCGAAUUAACGUUAGUCACCACCUGCCUGUUUUGCCAGUAUAGUUCUAUACAGAUCUGUGCUAUGUGAGCAAAAUCGUCACGGCUGCACUUCUUCCUCGACGGCCAAUGCAGCGGGACUAGCUAUGGGUUCGGAAUCUACCGAAUCCCGGCCAGAUGCGUGCGAAAAUUGCCACCACCGCAAGAAUUUUAUCACUGCUCAGAUUGUGCGGUUUUUGGAAUGGGAUGCCUAUCUAUAUCACGGAGAAACGACUGAAGUCAAUAUUCUGCCAAUAUGCGGAUCUAUUUUAGUUGAUGCCAGUCCAUCCUGAGGACGGGAAGGGAGAGGACCAGGACUGCAUUGGCAUUACCUAAGGAGACUGCUGAAAAUCAACACAUUCUUAUCAAAUGCACUGGAAGACCGUGACCCAUUCAACAGGAAAAAGCAUGCCAUCUGCCUCUUUCCACGGAAUUCUACGACCUCUCUUAAUCGCCACCUUUUUACUGGGCUGUUUUGUGACUUUGUUUUUAAUGUAUUUUAAGCCAUCUAGUAGCUGGCUAUCUGGCCCAGUGGAGUCGGCAACAUCCUCACUCAAGGUGAAACACCUGUUUGCGAAAAAUGAGCAGAAUCAGACCAUCAUACUAAUCUGGCUGUGGCCCUUUGGCCAAACCUACGAUCUCAGCGUCUGCAGUUCACUGUUUAACAUUGACGGCUGUUACUUGACAGCCGACAGGAACCUCUACAACCAGUCAGACGGUGUGAUUAUCCACCACCGCGACAUCAGCAGCAACCUUUCAAACCUCCCUCCCUUGCAGCGGCCCUCUUUCCAAAAAUGGAUCUGGAUGAACCUUGAAUCCCCAUCACACUCGUCGCAGUUGCCUGGUCUGGAGAACCUGUUCAAUCUGACGCUGAAUUACCGUCAGGAUGCUGAUAUCAUAGUGCCUUACGGGUCCAUAGUUGCAACCCAGAAGGAGGAGGAGUUUGUGGUGCCAAGCAAGAGCAAGCUAAUCUGCUGGAUCGUCAGCAACUGGAACCCAGAGCACAUCCGUGUCAAGUACUACAACGAGCUCUACAAGUACGUGGAGAUUCACGCCUAUGGGCAAGCUUUCGGGGAAUACGUGAACGACCAGAACUUCUUCCCAAUCAUAGCCAGCUGCAAAUUCUAUCUGUCCUUCGAGAACUCCAUCCACAAAGACUACAUUACGGAGAAGCUGUACAACCCGCUGGCUGUGGGCGCAGUGCCGAUUGUCCUUGGGCCGUCGAGGCAGAACUACGAGAACUUCGUCCCCGGCGAUGCCUUCAUCCACGUGGAUGAUUUCCUCUCCCCGAAAGAGCUGGCUGAUUACAUCUUUUUCCUGGACAAGAACGAAGAGAUGUACCUUCGUUACUUUCGCUGGCAUAAGCACUUUACUGUAAAGAGAUCUUAUUUUUGGGCAGAACAUACUUGCCUCGCUUGUGAUUACAUUAAAAGGCACAAGGAGUACAAGGUCUUCAAUAACCUUGACAAAUGGUACUGGGGUUAAAACAAACUUAACUGCUGUUUGUGAAUGACACAAUCAUUCCUUUGGCAAAUUAUGAUUACAAUUGAAAGGAGAAUCCACAGGUUAUUAAUUGAAUGCAUGCAUCCUUGAAAACAGUAUGACCCUUGUUUAAUUGUUUUCUAUUUUAUUUUCUUGUUUUGUGAAGUGAUUUGUACAGCAACACUUCUAUUGAUAAGAUAUCUACUAUUUGGAACUAGCAGUGCAAUGCGUGUGACAUAAUUUGCAAUGCAUAUGACUUCAUUUGUUGGAUUUCAAAUGUUUAGAUAUUCUACACAGUCAUAGUUUAAUGUGGCCAAAGACCAGAACCCCUCCCCUUUACACACUGGUGGAACUGUAAACAUAUCCUUCGGGCUAACCACAAUGUACUUCAGUUUCAGUUCUUUCAUUUUGCCCGUUGAUUUAAGCAAAUGCUUCAUUACUUCCUUUUUUGUUUUAUUCUAGAAACUGCAAAACUCAUAGUGGUAAGUAAACAUGGGAAAAGUAGCAUUUGCUCAAGUUUCCCACUCAAAGUUAAAAAUGAAAGGACACUGUGGUAAAAUGAAAUAGAGGCCAAUGGUCUCAUUGAUAUUACAAAGUGAACAUCUGCUAGACCUUACAGGUGACAUGCAAACAAAGCAUUCUUGGGUAUGAAAAUGAAAUGAGAUACCUGCAAAUCGAUUUGUAGCUCAAAUCCGACAACACGUUAAGUGAUAUCAGACUGUAAGGUGUUAUUUUAAGCCUUCGGGAUCUGUACAUCGGUGAGCAUGUCAUUUUUAUUUAUUUACUUUUUUUUUUUUUUACAAACAAAAGUACAAUUAUAAUUUUACAACAUGUCAGAACUGUUGUGUAUUUAGAUGGGCAGUGAAUUUUUAAGUGAUUGGGAAAAUUGUCUUUCAAUCAGUGAAAUCUUAAUGAUAGUAGGUAGCAUUGGGUAGUCUUGAAAAUCCUUGCUUUUUGUUGUGUAAUUGCAUAAAGGAAACAUAAUGUAAUAAGCACAUGGCUCUAAAAAAAUAAUGUUAUUUUAUCUUAUUUUCAAAUAGACAGUGCUGUUAAACAGACAGUCAUUAAUGUUAUAUAGAAGAACAAGAUGAGCAAAGUUGGGAAGCAUUUUCUAAAUAAGAAAUAUAUAUUUAUUUAAAAAAAGUUAAUUUUAAAAAGCACAUGUAAGAUGAAUCAGAUAUAUAUCUAUGCAGUCUAUAUUCAAAGGAACUUUGCAAACUGCAAAUAUACUGUGAGCAAAUAUACAUUUUUUUGGAUGGGUGGUGUAAGGUUGGCCAGUGUCUGAGCCAUUUUUUUUUUGUUGUUGCAACUAAAUGAAAACCUGUCUGGCGAUCUGUUAAAAUUUAUACAUUCUCACUCUUGUUUAGUGUAAUUCUAAUGCCGUCCAGUUUCAAUAUUUUGUGUUUUGUUUUCUAAAUUUGCUCUGUAGAUCUGUAGGUUAUCCUGUCAACAUUGGUUAUAUUGCAUUUUCAGCUGGUGGUUUUAAGCGAGGAGGCCCAUCCUCGUAGAGGGCCACGUAGUCAGCAGGGCUACUCGCCCUGGUCCACGAGGGCUGCUUUGCUUGCUGGUUUGAGUUUCAUUACUGCUUAUGUAGCCAAAUUAGCCACCCAUUGUGUUGACUGAGCCAAUUCAGCUUGCCUCUCUCGUACUUUGAAGAGCGGGAUUUAUUUCUCUCUUCAGAACAGUUUGGCCUUGAUUUGAUAAACAUUUGUCAUUAGUGUUUAUUUAAAAAUAAGGAGCAAGCGUCUUUAUAAGCACACAAAGGAGCAUUCAUAUUGGUGCUCGCAACCAGUGCUUGUAAAGAAGCACUUGCAUUUAAACUUCCGGACUUUAACAUUCAUUUGUAUGAAGAGAAUA